ACUGAAGAAGUCCUGAAGAUUGAUGGAGGGCCAUGCUAUUCAAACAGCAGGCGUUGCUGAGACAGAAGCUCUUUGUGCUAGGCAGCCUUGCUAUUGGAAGUCUCCUAUAUCUAGUUGCCAGAGUUGGGAGCUUGGAUAGACUGCAGCCCCUCUGCCCCAUUGAUGGUCGAUUUGGACUCCGUGACCAGGACGAAAUCCCACUGCGAGCUCUGCAGUUCAAGCGGGGGCUGCUCCAUGAGUUCCGAAAGGGCAAUGCCACCAAGGAACAAAUACAACUGCAGAAUCAGCAGCUUCCCAAGGCCAUUAUCAUUGGGGUGCGGAAAGGAGGCACCCGAGCACUGCUGGAGAUGCUGAACCUUCACCCCGCAGUGGUCAAAGCUUCUCAAGAGAUUCACUUCUUUGACAAUGACGAGAACUAUGCCAAGGGGGUUGAGUGGUACCGGAAAAAAAUGCCUUUUUCGUACCCUCAUCAAAUAACAAUUGAGAAAAGCCCUGCAUAUUUUAUCACCGAGGAAGUACCUGAAAGGAUUUACAAGAUGAACUCAUCUAUCAAAUUAUUGAUCAUUGUCAGGGAACCUACCACAAGAGCUAUUUCUGAUUACACUCAGGUGCUAGAAGGUAAGGAAAGAAAGAACAAAACUUACUACAAAUUUGAGAAGCUGGCUAUUGAUCCUAAUACCUGUGAAGUGAACACCAAGUAUAAAGCGGUGAGAACCAGCAUCUACACAAAACAUCUGGAGAGAUGGUUAAAAUACUUCCCAAUUGAACAGUUUCAUAUCGUGGAUGGAGACCGGCUCAUCACAGAACCACUGCCAGAACUCCAGCUGGUUGAGAAGUUCCUAAAUCUUCCACCAAGGAUAAGUCAGUACAAUUUAUAUUUCAAUGCCACCAGAGGGUUUUACUGCUUGCGAUUUAACAUUGUCUUUAACAAGUGCCUGGCAGGUAGCAAGGGACGAAUCCAUCCAGAGGUAGAUACCUCUGUCAUUACCAAAUUGCGCAAGUUCUUUCAUCCUUUUAAUCAAAAAUUUUACCAGAUCACUGGGAGGACCUUUAAUUGGCCCUAAAUUAAACUUCAUACAACACUUUCUGUUUCUGAGACAUGCAAUAAAUGUCUCUGCUAAAAUAUGCACUUUUCAUAGACACGGCUAUCAAAGUAACUUUUUUCAUGCAUACGUGUACAUAUGCAGUGUGUGACCAAAUAUACAGUGGGAUCAGUUUUUUCUACAGAGUAGUAACUAACAUGAAUUUACUGUCAGCAUAGUUGCAUCUUUUAAGGUAUAAUAAUAAAGGGAAAGGAGGUAUUUAGGGACAUAAAGUCAGACAAUGUUAAAAGGGUCAGUGUUCCUCUCGCUUAGUGAAGUGUUUAUGUGACAUUCUUAUUGAUCUAAGCAGAACGUUAGUUUAUGCCAUAAAAAUUCAUGUCAAAAGUCUGUGAAACUGUGAGAAAGCAUAAUCUUCAGGCUAUAUCUGGUAUGUAUAUUGCUAAAGGAAUACUGACACUUUAAACACAGCGCUGAAUUUUUACAAUGAGAGUGGAUAGCACUAUUUUCUUAUCAUUUGAAAUUAAUAUCUCAUACAAACUACAUUGUUUCAGAGUUCCUGUGGUGAGUUUGCACUAUUGUUUUAUUGUAUGGACCAUAGUGUCACUUGUAGCAUGUCAAUCGUGUCAAAAAAAGGUCAAAUGAUUUUUUCUUCUAUGCUUGUGUAUCAACAAAGCUAAAACCAUCAUGUACAUAGUGUAUAAUGUUUGUAAAUACUGGUUUCACACUAAGUAAUUCUAUUUUGUAAACUGAACAUGGCUAUUUAAUUUAUUGUGAAAAUUAAAUUUAUUGUGGUAUUUAAAAAUGGAAUGGAUUAAAAUUACCUAUAUGUGCAA